CAGUACACGCGUCUCGACGCCCGGGGAUGCGUCCGUCGACGGAGGUGUAACGCUUUAUCUCGUAUCGUGGUUCAUACGGCUCGGAGGUGUGUCGGUAUACCGGAAGCCCACGCGUGUCGAGCCAUAUGCGUAUGACGCGACGCGUGCAAUUGCGACUAUAAUGCUACACUUUCCUCACGAGAAUGAGGGUGGCACGGCUAUUACUGUGCUACGUACUUCUCGAAGACUACAGUACCAAUCUCGGCGGGGCUGCGAUUACCAGCGACACCGCGCGCCAGGACGCUUCCGCGACGAACCCCACGCUACCAGAUUUGCCGACGUUCGUGGGGUCAAUCGGUAAUGUGACCGCAGCCAUCGGCAAGGAAGUCGUUUUACCGUGCACGAUUCGAAUGCUGGGAAAUCACAUGGUCGGAUGGAUCCGCGUGGAAGAUAACACGAUAUUGUCGAUGGGCGAGAAAACGGUGACGCACGCUAGACGGUUUCACGUGACGCUGGAGAACGCGAAGCUGAUGGGGAAGAUGAAAAAUCAGAGCCAAUCGACGAGGGACGAGGAGUUUACCACGAAGCUGCACAUCAGCCAGCUUCGGGUGGCCGACCGAGGCUGCUACAUGUGCCAACUGAACACGAAGCCCAUGUUGAGCCAGCUGGGAUGCGUGGACGUCCUAGUACCGCCGGAUAUACUGAGCACGGGCACGUCGGAAGGCGAGGUGUCCGUACAGGAGGGUGAGAACGCGACCCUCUCGUGCAACGCCUCUGGGAGACCGACGCCUCGCGUGGACUGGCGACGCGAGAAAGGUUCGAUACUUAUGAGGGGUCUUCACGAUCCGCUGAUGUCGUCAGUGGGCAACUAUACCGGUGAAAAGCUGGAAUUAACCAGGGUAGACAGGAGGCAAAUGGGAGCUUAUCUUUGCAUAGCCAGAAACGACGUACCACCGGCAGUCAGCAAGAGAGUCUAUCUAAGGGUAAACUUUCCUCCUAGCACGAUAGUUCCCAAUCAACUGUUAGGCUCACCGCUGGACUCGGACGUGUCAUUGACGUGUUUGAUCGAGGCUUACCCGAAGACGAUCAAUUUGUGGACUAGGGAUGGACAAGUCAUUAUGAGUGGUGGUAGGUACGACAUCAGCGAGCGGGCACACCCGGACGAGGAAUGGAAGACGACGAGCGCGUUGAAGAUAAGGCAUUUGCAGGAAAGAGAUAUAGGGGAGUACACGUGUUCAGCGUCGUCGAGCAUGGGAAAAUCCGAAGCCACCAUUAGGAUUUACCAAAUAAAAGUAGACGUGACGCCACCCACUCGGGCCACCUCGGUCACCGGGAAGAAAUUGAGCAAGGGAAAAUCAAAGCUCGCCCAAGUCACCGCGGUGAACCGAGUCUUCCAGCAGAUGAGCACGCCGGCGAUGCAGAAGAGCACCGCGAAGAUCGCUCAUAAUAAAUACAUAACUACGUCGACGACGGUGGAUCCGCGGUCGCCCUUCAUAAAAGACAAGAACGUGUUUAAGAAUCGCGACACGCCGAGCGUGAGGAACGACUGCGGCGCGUUGAACGAGAACAGAGGGGCGCGAGUCUACGCGAUCUGCUUGAUAGUUUUCCUGAUACUACGAUAAAAGUUUGCAACGAAUUUACAGCGAGAGCUCUGUCUGAAGCGUUACGCGCGUGACGCUAGUUUCUAGACGGGGAGAGAACGAGUCGAACGAUUGGAAAUUGCGAAUCGUUCGAGUUUGCAACCGGGCAAACAUCGGCGUUUCGAUUACGAUAUGUCUCAAACGACCGAUAAAGAGGAGGAAUCGCGACUCCGAAGUUUCAAUCGAACAAAGGGAAGUUCUUAUUGCGUUUCACGAUGACGAAGCGCGAGGUAAGUACAUACUUUGAACGACCGACACCAUCGGCGGACGGGAUCGAUCUUUCCUCUCUCUGGUCGCAGUGAAACGGUUCGUCGCGUCGUCGCGGCGAAACAUGUUGCGAAUUUUAAAAGAUACAUAAAUGCUUACGAAUGUAUUUUUUAUGAACCCUUUUAUCCGUUUCUGAACGCGGGGCAAAAGAGUAAAGAGUCGUGAGCGAGGUGUGUUCUUUGGUUCGACUGAAAAUGUAACGUCGUCGAGUAUUUUUUUAACAACGAAACGAAACGUGGCGGAGUACAUUGAAAAUUAUCAUUCCUGAUUUAUCCGAGUUAUUAGGAGUUACGAUGUAAUUUUUAUAACGUUAGCAUCGAGAGCCUUACACAAGCAGGGUGUCUAUCUCAAGUGGGCCACCAGUGUCAUUCACGAGAUCAUCGUUCGGCAAAGGAAUAAGGAGAAAUGAUAUUCUACUUUCAAUCGAUUACCCUGAACAUCGAAAUUCGAAAUUGUUUUCAACGAUGGCAAUGGCGAUCCAAUUAGAAUGAACAUCCCCGGUUAUAUGUACUUAACGUAUGAUACAUCGUUGCGUCGUGAUUAUUAUUAUUGUCAACGAUUAACUGUACUCUACUUUCCGCAAGAUUCGCGGCCCGUCGCGAGUCGAUCCACCCUAAUCAAACUAUUCGAUUAUACUCGAACACAGACAAAUAAUUAGCAUAUACUAAUUUGUACGUAAGGGGUAAUAAGAUAAUAUCUUUGUUCAUCGGUACGAUAAAGAGGCAGACUAAAUUGAGAUCGUAAAUGGCAUCUUAACGAACGUUACGACACGUCAUAUCUAAGUCAAAUUCAUAUCCGUAACGCGUAAAAAUAGUACCAUACUAUUAUAUAUUUUAGGAAGAUGUUAGACGUUACUUUCGUUAUUUUAUGUAUUUUUUUAAUUACUCGUAGGCAAGUAAUGUACCUCAUAUGCAAACGAUUAAACGAGACCACGACUAUAAAUAUAAUCGACUGUGGUCCACUGCGAGGAAAAUGUUUCGACUCGGAUGAUCACGUCUGUGAUGAUCUCAGUUAUUAAAUUACGAAUUUUCAUUGAAUUUCUAAUUUCGUACGACAGUAUUUAUGUAUACACACGUUACCGUAGACUGCUACGCUGUUUCCUUACUUUUUAAGUUUACUCCCCUCGAUGUAAAAAGUUAUUUACGAUAACGUUACAAGAACGAUAUUUUUUGUAAAGGAAUCGACAAUAAUCGUUCCUAAUAGGUUGUGCUAUGUACGAUUUAUUUAAAUGUUCCUCGCAAGAUCACGUACCAUAUCUCACUCUGUAAUUACGAUCUGUCUGGAAAACGAUGCCAGUGAAAGGGUUUGACAUCCUUUAGAAGAAUCAAAAGACGUCAAAGCUUUCCCCCGGUAUUCCUAUUGUCAUGUAUGUCUUCUAUUACAGAGUACAAUUUUUAGUCAGAACGCGUGGUUUAUUGUCAUUGAAAUAGUAGCAUAUCCGCGAAUUAAACACGAAGGAAACACACAUGUUAAAUACAUCUAUUUAACAAAUAUUGUAUAUCGUAAAACACUGCUCAAUAUAACAACUCUACAAUAAGUAUAUUAAAAGAAUGUUGUUGUUUAUAGAAAAACAAAAAGGUAUAUAUGAGAAUAUGGUGAGGAAAUGUGCUCAAGUUGGAUAAUUAUAUAGCUUUGGAGAAAACAACGUGUUGACAAAUAAAACAUACCAUGCAAUUA